AUGGUGAAGCGGGACCUGGAGAAAGAGCGACAGGCGGAGCUCGCCGCCAUUUGGGGCAGCGAGAUGGACGGCGAGCUACGCUACCCGAAACGUCGCCGGGCGACGGCAAAGCGGCCAACGACAGCCGCCACUGCAGACGCGGACGGUGCGGACGAGGUGCUCUCCUCCUUAGGUAGCGACGCGAUCAGCGAGGGCGGCGGCUCAGACCGGGGCGCCCCAAAGAAGAAAAGGGAGAAGAAGGGCAAAAAGGCCUCGAACGCUUACCGACUUCACUGCUUUGUCGCCCCUGGUACGGAGCGAAACGCCGUGCGUGUCGUUUUCGACGCGUACGAGCCGAAGGUGGAAUUGCGGGUGUCGCAGAAGGGCAACCUGCUCAACAAGACGCACUACGCGGUGCUGACCUUUCGCAACAAGGCGAUGGCUCUCCAUGCGGUAAAGAUGCUGGACGGCACCGAUCAGCGCGAUCUUCUCGGGGUGCGGGAGAUGAAGCUAGGACUCAUGCUCUCACGGAAAGAGCACAAUGCGUCUCGUAGAGGCAUGCGUAAGCGCCUACGUGAGGAGCAGGAGCGAAAAAAAAUGGAAGAGACGGAAGAAGAAGUGGGGUUCAUCAAAAAAUUUAUAAAGAUGUACACUCCCACUGGAUAG